AUGUCCAAGCUCAUUCAGCUCCUGCCGGUGCUUCGGAAGGAAAUGAGAACGGGGUCGACGGAGUCCUUCGAGAAGCUUUACCUGAAGAAGGUGAUCCUCCUGGCCAAGGGCAUCUUGAACAACGAGCGGCCCGAUGUGACCCUGGGUUUUAUCCGGCUCGUUGAGUCUUGCUUGGCCCUGUCGAAGGAUACUUCCGGAGUGCUGCAGCUGAUGCAGAAGCUUGACAGCUAUUGCAAGUCAUCCGCAAGCACCCUCGCAGCCCGUGAGGUGAUCAUCAUCCUGAAGACUUUCCCUCCAGACCGACAAGGUGACCUUCCGUCGGAGCUGCAGAACACCUUGCAGAACUUGAUUGACACCACGGCUCAGGCCAAGGAUUUCGACAUCGACAAGGCGGCCCUGCUCCUGUUCGACAACGCGAUGUUCUGGAGCUUCCGCUACAUCCACUCCUUGAUUCAGGCAGCCCGGAUCUCCAUGCCAGAGCGGCUGCUCGAGAACAUCUCAAAGUUGUUGGCCAUCCUGGAGAAGCGUGUCGGCUCUCAGGAGCUUCGUCGGGUCUGGACAGAGCAGUUCGUGCAGUGGAUGCAGGAGUCCAUCGAGCUUGCAGGGAUUCUGGCAGAGUACUCGAAGGUUCUUGAGGAGUUCGAGAGCAAGGGUCGUGAUCCCCAGCAGCGAGAGGCCGCGGACACAGAUGGCAAGGUUCUGAAUCAGUUGCUCAGGACCGGCAACUCGGCAGUGGCAGCUGUGAACAAGGCAGCCGCCUUCAAGCAGCACGUGGCAGCAGAGGAGUAUGGCAACAACGUGUCGCCGUUGCACAUCAUGUACUAUGAUUGGUCAGGAGCAGGGCGACAGCAGGUGGAGAACCCGGUGUUCCUGGAUACACUUCUCUACCGGUGCUCCUGCUACAUCCGCAUGCUUGAGCAAGCCCAGGCGAAGCUGAACAAGGCAACGAACGGCCUGCACCUGGUUGAUGGUUGGAAGAGCGGUGUGGAUGCAUCCAGCAGCUACGACGAGUGCAUGAAAAUCGCGCAGCCCGAGCUGACCAGCACGGAUGGGGUGGCUGUGGAAAGUGCACUGAACGGCCUCGCAGAGGUGAUCAAGGCUGCCAAGGGCUUCCGGAACAGGAUCAAGGACUGUGACUGCAAAACGCACGACCUGUUCGUGAACCAGUUGCCGAUGUCUUUCAAGAGCCUCGAGAGUGGCAAAGCCUUCAAAACUGAAGUGCUCCUCGUCCUCGCCAUCCAGCAGGUGCAGCUUCAGGAUCCGUCGACCCAGAAAUGGGCGAGGGAUGUGAUUCGUGCGCAGUUAGGGGAUGUCGCAGGCAAUGUCGUGAGUGAAGAGAGCAUUCUUCCACAGAUUUUGGAGAAGGCAAGGCAAAUCAUCGGCUGA